CGCGGGAGAGUAAUGAUCGUUAACGAGCCGAAUGCACCCGGACAUGGCAUUGCGUAAGAUAACCAUUGGCCUAGUGGUCGCGUUGGCCUCCCUGGUCACCGCCGACUUCCAUUACGAGCACUUCAAGACCUUCGGCAUCGAUGACGCGCGCAGGUCGUGGCUCGCGAACGGCCAUCCGGGGCGCUCCUAUAGGUCCGAGUCGACGCAGCUGGUCCCACGCCUCGCCGGCGUCCCAUAUCCUUACGACAACGCGAAACCAGACACCAAUCCCAUACCCUCGAUUCUCGGGCCUGGAAUCAAGAAGAUUCCCAACGAGGACAAGGCUUUUAAGAAGGCCCUAUCGUCCUCGGCCUCUAUCGGCCGGCUCCCCGAUCCCGUCGACGCACGAUUCAAGGCCCCAAGGCUCAAGUCCGGGGCGCCGCGUUGCCAAGAGAUCGCCGCCAAGCCGCAGAGCCAAGUAGGCACGGGCCCAGCUACUUACGGCCAAAAGCCAAUUACGUGCUACAGAUGCAAGGACUCGAAGAACGGAGCCACGUACGAGCACUGCUCCUACUCGGCUGAGCAGCCACGAUCCGACACCCGACAGCCGAGGUCCAGCCUCGCCGCGGUUAAGCUCCUCGACAGUCUGAGCUCCGCCGCGACACCUUAUCGCGACUCGAGGAAGGCCCCGGCGACCGGCGAUCGGCUCUCCGGAUCCUAUAGAUUUAGCGACGACUACUUUCAGCCUGAGGCUUCCCACGAGUUACCCGCGGGCUACGACAAGACGGUCGACAGUUGCGAGCGCGUGAAGCGCGACUCGAUGAUCUGCAUGAUCUGCAAGGACCCGAAGACCAAUGGGAAGUACGAGCAGUGCUCGUACGUGGCCCAGCCGAACGAGAAGGCGUACGCUUACACGAAGUCGAGCUCGUUCGGCCCUACGAAGGUGAAACCGCGCGAUCAGCCGCGUGAGAAUGCCGAUAACAAGGGGAGGAAGAUCGCGGGUCAGCGGAAGGACGACGAGGUGUCCGAGUCCGGGGAGGAUGGUUACGGGCAUGAGACGGAGCCCGAGGAAUUGUCCGAGCGCGAGGAGUCCGAGGAGCGGAGGAGGCAUAGUGCCGAAGCUUCGGGCUCGGCCGAGGAUAAGGAGGGGCACGGAUCGGACUACGUGCCGGAGCACACUUAUCAUUACCCCGGCUACAAGGAUUAUAAGACAAGCUUCGACAAUUACGAUGCCGAGGACGGGGACGAGGAUUCUGGAUCCAGCCGGAGCGCCAAAUCCAAGUCCAACUGCAAAACCUUGGAAAAGGACGGACAAACGUGCACCACGUGCACGGAUCCAAAGACGGGCGGCAAGUCCGAGAGUUGCAACUACUCGCACGAGCCGAAAGACAAGGUCUACAAGUACAGCAAAUCCAAGAGUUUCGGCUACCCGGAGUCUCGGCAAGCGAGCGAUGGCGAGGGCGAGAUGAAGUCGGAUUCCUUGGAUAAGCGUGAGCGCGAGAGUAGUGCCGAGGAUUAUACCGGUGACGCGAGCGAGCCCUCGACCUUGGAUUACAUACGCUCGGAAUCCGAGAAGAUAUCUGAAAAGGUAAAGGGAAAGGGCGAGUGCCAGAAGAUAAAGAAGAACGCUAUGGUCUGUACGAUAUGCAAGGAUCCGAAGACCGGCGGGAACUUCGAGCAGUGCAACUACUCGUUCGAUCCCGACGACAAGGUCUAUGCCUACUCCAAGUCCACGUCCUUCGGCAGUCCAACCAAGACAUCCGCCGAGGAUGAUUACGCGAGCAGUGACGAGGAACGUCCCGAUGAACGUCCCGAGGAACGUCACGAGGAACGUCACGAGGAACGUCACGAGGAACGUCCCGAGGAACGUCUCGAGGAACGUCCCGAGGAGACCUAUAGCUUACCCAUUAUCUAUCCGACGGGAACAUCGGUUUCGGACUACGUACCCAAGGCUAGUAAGAGUCAAUCUAGCGGCUCCUACGUAACCAAGAAACCCCAGGUACAAAAUGACGAGGAGCAGAGCGAAUCUCAUGACAAGGCAUCGAAAUCAAAGGUAGACUCUGGCUUUUACGACGCGACGGUGCGCCGAGCCGAGAUCGAGAAGAUCGUAAAGAAAAUAGGGGAGGAGGAUCGAUCCAAAUGCAAGAAAGUCCUACGCGGCGACAUGACUUGCUAUAAAUGUGCCGACGACAAGGGAUUCACGAACGAGGAAUGCGUCUACGUCGCCGAGCCCCGAGUCGAGGCGUCCAAGAAGAAGAGCAGCCAGGUCGAGGAAGCGUCGUCGAUAUCCGUGGCUACGGUGAAGCCAUUUGACGGAACCAACUCGUCGACAACGGAGAAGCUGCUGGAGCCGCUCACGUCCAAUAGUCGGAUGCCCGUAGUGAGCAAUAGGAAAAUACGUGAGGCCAAGGGGCAGCCGAGGGAUCAGGACGAGGAGUUCGAGGUGCUGGAUGAGGAGCGGCGCGAGGCUGAGCCCUAUGAAUACGUGGCGGAGACCAGACCCGUUUAUGACAAGGUGCUGGGCAUUACCCUGCCGGCCUACAUGUUGCAAAAGUCCCCGCACGAGAUCGAAUUCGACGCGAUUGUUGAGAACUCGACGUUUUAGGAAUCCUUAUGAUUAUUAUAAUUUAAUCUCUCGCAAAACUAUUUGUAAAACUUUGCAGAGUGCCAAUUCCUUCCGGGUACACGCGACGAAAAAUUGUAUUACUAGAUACUUAUAAUCGUUGUUUUGCUAUUCUACAAAUUUUACGCCCUAGGUAUGUUGGAUAAGUGGCCACGAGCUUUGAAACUGUUAAUAUGCGAAUUUAUGCAAACAUUUAAGUGCGAGAAAUCGUAGACGUGUGGUUAAUUGUUCAUAGAUGAUCGCAAUUGACUGAUACAUUGAAAAAAAAGAAGAUGUAUAAUAAAAUGUUUUGCGAUUGUAAGCUUCGAAGGUAAAGUUUUGACAAAUAAAUUACAAAAGAAAUAGUUGGA